AUAUUGCUAAUAAAGAAUUAUUGUGCAAUCGAUAAUUACUUAAAAGGAAAGAGAAAGAAGUCAAUACACUCAGUGAAGGAAUUACUGCUAAAGAAACAGAGUUGGCUUCAUUCAGAGAACUGUCAGAAGAACAAUUACAAGAAUUAGUGGCAUUGAGAUUAAAACUAACUGACAAUCAGAAAGAUAUUGCUGAGAAAGAAUCAGUGAUAAAGUCAGUAAAUGAAGAAUUAUUAUCUGUGAGACAACUGCUAGCUGACAAUCAACAAGAUAUCGCUGAGAAAAAAUCAGUAAUCAAAUCAACAAAUGAAGAAUUAUCAUCCACGAGACAACUGCUAUUUGAUGCACAAGAUCAACUUGAAUUGCAAAGAAAGUCUAUUGAUGAGUUGGAAGAGAAGAUAGGGACACUAUCUAGGAUUAGUAAAAUGAAGGAUAGAGAAAUUGAAGGUUUGAAGGCUAGGCUAUAUCCAAGAAAUGAGCAAGACAUGAUCACCAGCACAAAGUGGGGUAAAUCUGAAGUGCGUCUUACCUCUCCAUCAGCAGAACAGUGUACAGAUGUCCUAACAAGAAUAGAGAAGGAUCAUCAACAAGUUUACCUCAGUGAUUCAUCUUCUGAUGUUGCUCAGUUGCUAGUAGUGCCUCUGCUGCAGAAGAAAAACAUUAGAAGUUUAUAUAUUCUCUCAACUUCUUUAACACGGGACUUCAUUGACCUUUUCGCAUCUCAAAUGUUGGAUGACAAUACAUUGGAGAGUCUGUAUCUCAAUCACAAUUCCAUUGAUGAUGAUGGGGUCAUUAUUCUAGUGCAAUCUCUUAAGUAUAACAAGAAGCUUCAGUACUUAUCGCUGGACUUUAAUACUGGAAUUACUUCACUUAGUGUCCCAUCACUUGCUGAAUUUAUACGCAUCAACUCCACAUUGUCUGUUCUUUAUGUUUCUCAUACUAGGAUUGAUACCAGAGGAGUGCUGGAGCUGGUUGACUCUCUCAAAUCUAACACAAGACUUGGAAAGAUUGUGGUAGAUGAGAAACACAAAGCAAUGUGCACUAAAACUGUUGGUAAAAUCAACAGACUAGACUUUUCCUAUACAACUGCUACUGCUUAUGAAUAUACUGGCGUAAAUUUAGGUGGGCUGUUAGUUUAAUGUGAUCACACAAUACAAGAAUACACCUUAAUUUAUAAAUUA